AUGGGAGAAUUCGUAAAUAUAGAUUUUACAAAAAAAAAUGCUCAACCUAUGGAUUUUUAAGUUGAUGCUUAACCAAUCAAUAUAUAUAUGAAAAUAAGGAUAGAUUUAAGAAAAAACUUAUAGAUCCCAAGAAACAAUCUUAAUAGGAAAAACUAAAAAUAUAAAAUAGGGCCGAAUAAUAAAAAAACCAAUAAUAACAUAGUAGUAGAACGAAUUUAAAGAUAUAUGUUCAGAAGAAGGAAAAUUAAAAAAAAGAUUAAGAACUAUUGUAAAAUCAAUUGUUACAAUUCAUCCAGGAUAAUAAUAUAAUCCUUAAUUAAAAGAUUAAAUGAAUUACUAGAUGAUGUAGUAAAAAUAGAAAUUAGGUCCCAUUAGAGAUUAUAAAAUUAAGAGAUUGAAGAGGAGAAAGCAUAAUAGUUAAUAAUAUAAAGGUAAUUUAUCAAGCAAAUAGAUUAGAGAAAGAGAAAAAAGGAAAUAAAAAAAAUGAGCAAAAUUAAAAAUUCAUGGAAAAGUGGUAUUUAGAUUAAUUGAAAAAUAUAAAAAUAAUGAACUCUUAUUAAUAAAGAAAGAACUAAAUGCUGAAGCUAAGUUAAAACUUCAGAAAAGGAUAUAAUAGAGAAAGGGCAAAAAAAUUAUAGUGAAGAAAUUUGGUACCUAUUAAAAUAGGAAAUAAAAAGUAAGUUUUUAUUUUGAUUUAUACAAUUGAUGUAACAUAAGAUGAAUUUGUUUUAGAUGAUUAAUUAAAGAGUAGCUUGAGACAUGUAACUUAAGGGGAUUUGUUAGUGAAGAGUGAAUUUAAUGGGUGUGUUAGAAGAGGAUUGAUUGAACCUAAAUCAAAAUCAAAUAAAUUAUCAAAAGCCAAAGUUCCCUUAUUUAAAAUUAAAGAAAAAUGA